CUGUGAGUCGGUACCGUUUCCCUCCCAUAUCGUCAACGCCGAGCACCUUGACAAUGGCUUGGAAGCGAAUCAUCUUGGGUGUGACGAGUUCUCGAAACCUUGCUACUGCUGUCGUUUGCUCUUUUCUGAGCGGUCGCGCACAUCUAUUUCUUCCUUCGUCCUCUCUUGUUUCGGCGUUCAUGACGACGGCUACCUACUCGACUCCGUUCCUCCGCACGGCGGCAGCCGCCUCGAGUAGCCGUAGUACGACAACCUCUACGAAUGCGUCCACUCGCGGGGCUUCUACGACUGUAGCUACCGACACCACGUGCGACGCCUCGAUCGAGAAUCCUCUCUUGGCGGACUGGUCCUCACAGCCGUUCUUGUUACCGCCGUUUGCGAUCGUGGAGGCCUCGCAUUACGAACCCGCCUUGGUCGAAGGCAUGAAGCUCCAUUUGCAAGAUCUGCAGAACAUUGUGGAUGACUCGGAGGAACCGAAUUUUCACAACACCAUUGCCGCCUACGACCGCGCUGGUCGGGUGCUUUCCCGAGCCCGAGCCGUCUUUUCCAACAUGUGCAGUAGUCGUAACGACAAUGUCUUGCAAGCGGUACAGACCAAGCUCGUCCCGGUCUUGAGUCGACACGGAUCGCAAGCACGCUUUUUGCCUGGGCUCUUUGACCGCAUCGAUGCGGUCUUCCAAAAACGGCACGAUUUGAACCUGACACCGGAACAGCUGCGGCUCACGGAACGCAUUCACAUGGACUUUACCCGCGCCGGAGCCGCCUUGCCGAAAGAUCAACAAGACACCUUGGCCGAUUUGAGCGCCGAACUGGCCUCGCUUACUACCAAAUUCACGCAAAAUGUAAUGAAAGAUGAAGAAACGUACGAACUUGUUCUGCAGAAGGAUGACUUGGCGGGAUGUCCGGAAUCUCUCAUGGAAGCUGCCCAGAUGGCGGCAGCCGAGCGUAACAAGGCGGACGGAGACUACGUCAUUACGCUCAGUCGAUCAUUGGUGGAGCCGUUUUUGACCUUUUCUCAACGUCGGGAUUUGCGACAACAGGCGUGGAAGGCUUGGACGUCUCGUGGGGAACUCCAUCCGGAUCGUGACAAUAGUGCCAUUGCAACGGAAAUCUUGAAACUCCGGCAAAAGGUGGCCGCAAUCCACGGAUACAAGUCCUUUGCAGCCUAUCAGUGCGCAGAUCGCAUGGCUCAGACACCCGAAAACGUCAUGGAGCUUCUGGAAAACGUAUGGGAGCGCGCUAAAGUAGUGGCCAAUCAAGAAAAGGCCGAUCUAGAAGUAUUCGUGAAAGAAUCGGGUGAGGUUUUGAAUGGAGGCAUUGAGCCGUGGGAUUGGCGGUACUACGCGGAAAAGGUUCGUAAGGCCAAGUAUGAUUUUGACGAGUCUUUGCUCAAACCGUAUCUGUCAUUGGAGCAAAUGACGAAUGCAAUAUUUGCCGUGUCCGGUAACCUCUUUGGUCUGUCGUAUGUGAAGCGCGACGACAUUCAAGCCUACCACGAAGAUGUCGACGUAUACGAAGUUCGAGAAACUUCAAAGGAUGGGAAAGAUCGUGUCGUUGCAAUUUUUGUGCACGACAACUUCGCUCGUCCCUUUAAAACUAGCGGAGCUUGGAUGAGCGAAUAUCGCUCUCAGACGAGAAAUAUCGGUGAUGGCGUCAGCCCGAUUGAAGCCAUCCCCGUUGUGUCAAACAACAACAAUCUUGCCAAAUCCGGUUCGCAUACGCUGUUAAGUUACGACGACGCGCGCACGUUGUUUCACGAGUUUGGACACGCACAUCACGGCAUGUUGUCGGACGCCAACUACGGUCGCUUGGCUUCCACAAACGUUGCCACAGAUUUUGUCGAAUUGCCGUCCCAGCUGAUGGAGCACUGGUUGGACGAAAGGACAGUGCUCAAAGAGUAUGCACGACACUACCAAACAGGCGAACCCGUACCUGAUGAUUUGUUAGACAAGUUGGAAGCUGCGCGAUCCUUUCAGCAAGGGUUUCAAACAGUGGAGUAUACCAUUUGUGCUUUGCUCGAUAUGGCAAUUCACCAGAUAGAGGACUACAGCGACUUUAAUCUCGCAGAUUUUGAACGGGCGGAACUGGCGCGUCUCGGGAUGCCGGCUGGUAUUGUGAUGCGUCACCGACCCGCUCAUUUUCAGCACUUGUUCAGUACGUCCAUGUACGCAGCUGGAUACUACGUUUAUCAAUGGGCCGAGGUGCUGGAUGCUGAUGCCUUUGCAGCUUUUACCGAAGCUGGUGAUGCCUUUGAUUCAAGUGUGGCUCAAAAGGCACGCUCGUUCAUUUACGGUGCCGGGAAUACAGUGGCACCAGAUGAGUUGUUUCGGCAGUUUCGUGGGCGGGACCCCGAUAUCAAUUUUAUGCUGAAAAAGAAAGGCUUGCUAAUUGAGUAG